GUGUAUCAUUCCUGUAUUUUGUUGUCCUCCAGGGCUCUGGGUGCCAACCCCCUGUAUUGUAACUGUGACCUGCGCUGGCUGUCUCAGUGGGUGAAGGCUGGCUUCAAGGAGCCUGGCAUCGCCCGCUGUUCCGGACCACCUGACAUGGCCGACCGCCUGCUGCUCACCACGCCCCUCAACCGCUUCCUGUGCAAAGGCCCAGUUGAUCUGAAUCUGAUGUCGAAGUGUGCCCCCUGUCUGGCUGGCCCCUGUAUGAACAAUGGCACAUGUGCCAGCGAUGUAUCCGGCUCCUACCAUUGCACCUGUCCCUUUGGCUACAAAGGACAGAACUGUGAGAUAUCCAUCAACGCCUGCAUCAGUUUCCCCUGUGCCAAUGGAGGGACCUGCCACGUGAUCCUAGGCCAAGAGGACCAGUUCAGCUGUACGUGUCCUCCUGGGUACGAGGGUCUGCAGUGUGAGGUGAAUCCUGACGAUUGUGAGGACAAUGACUGUGAGAACAACUCUACCUGUGUGGACAGCAUAAACAACUAUACCUGCUUCUGCCCCCCAAACUUCAUAGGGGAUCUAUGUGAGGAGGGAGUGGACCCCUGUAUGCAAGGCUUUGACCCCUGCCAGCAUGACUCCAAGUGCCUCCCCCUCACCAAAGGCUACAGGUGUGAGUGCCUGCCAGGCUAUGUGGGCCAGCACUGUGAGCAGGACUACAACGACUGUCUGGAGAACAAGUGUCAGCACGGGGCCGAGUGUGUGGACGCUGUCAAUGGAUACACCUGCGUGUGUAAAGAGGGCUUCAGUGGUCUGUUUUGCGAGAACCCUCCCCCUAUGAUCCUGCUGCAGACCAGCCCAUGUGACCAGUCAGAGUGUCAGAACGGAGCCCAGUGUCUAGUGAUGGCUGGGGAGCCUGUGUGCCGCUGUCUGUCUGGCUUCACUGGAAACAAGUGCCACAAGAUUGUUACCGUCCACCUGCUGGGCAAAGAUGCCUACCUGGAGCUGUCCAGCGCCAAGAUACGCAACUCUGCCCACAUCUCCCUACAGGUGGCUACAGAUAAGGACAAUGGUGUCCUGCUCUACAAGGAUGACCAUGAUCCUCUAGCCCUGGAGCUGUACCAGGGACACAUACGCAUCAUCUACGACAUCGCUAACUACCCGCUGACCACUGUCUACAGGUCAGCACACACACACAGAUUAAACAUCAUUAUAAUAGAGUAAUGGAGGUGAGAAAACAGUGGAGGGGUCAUCAGUGGGAACUCUGGGAAACUAGUUAGUGUUGCAUUAGGAGUUAUAUCAGCCAUAGCACUCCUUGGAAAUUGUGAGAAUGGGGAAGGAGAGUGGCUGUAAUUUGAGCCAGCCAGCCAUAACAGAGCAGAGGAGGGAGGGGGAUUUGAAAUCAUAUUCACCUGAUCCUCCCUCAGCCCCAUAACCAGCCCCAGCCUUAGCUCCAUCCCCAGCUCCAACCCCAGCGCAAGGCCUGUCUCCCAGCCCAAGUCUGUCUGAUGCGUCAUGGCUUCCUCAUUUUGUUCUGCAUCUCCAGACUCUCCCCCUCAGUAGUCCCUUGUUUUCCCCGGAGUGACGUAACGUUCUGUGGCUUUGGUAGCGCCGCAACCAUUGUCUUUGGGGAGCAGAGGAUGUUUUGCGGGUAGCGGGGUGCGUGUGAGGAGACGGAAUGGGAAAGUGAGGAGGGGAAUUACCCGUCUGCUCCUAUUAGUGUGACAUGUGCCACCCCAGAGGCCUGGCACAACCCAGAGUACACAUCUCCCAAGGCAUUCCUGAGGUCUCCCUGUGAUAGUCAGCAUUACCAUUAACCGUGUGGAACCAGAGCAGCAGGUCUCACUCCGAGCCAGGGCCUCAAUUUUACACUGCUCCCGCCCAAUGAGGUGCAGAUGUGGACGGACUGUCAGGGGAAGCCCCAUCUAUAAGUUGAACUUCGUGGAGGUAGAGGGAGAGAGAGUGGUGGUGGAGGUGGCUGUGGUCGCUGCAUUCCUCAGCCCUCUGGGUAGUAAAGAUGCGGCG